UUGUAGUAGAAGUAGAAAACACAGACGACCAUGGACAAGCACACAAUCCGCAUCCUUGCGCUAGCCCUGCUGUCUCUGCAUCUCAUGUUCUCCGCCACCAUCGUGCAAUGCCGAACCAUUGCCGACCUGCACGACGAGAAGAUCAACUUUCCGAACGGGCUGUGCGGCAAGAACAAGCUGUGCACCACUGAAUACUGCUACUGCUGCCUGAUAUAUGACCGCUGCUACCUAACCAUCGACGCAUGCAAGGAACACUGUGACAAUCCACCCUUGUCUUCUUCGGAAAACUUCCAAGCGGCAGAGACGGCGACGGCGACGAUGACCCCUGCUCCUUUACCCACUGCCUAGUCAAAUUAAUUGGCUCAUGCCUUUUUU